GUAUCCGGAUACGUGAUUAAUGCAAAUGCUCUAAUAAAAACCUGUUUAAUAUUGUUGUUUAUUCAAACAUACAUAGCCGGAAAUGUUGGCCGUGUAUUUGAUAGCUGUAGUAAUCUGCAUGUCCGAGGCAGAAAUAUGUUUUCAGGAAAAAGAGGCAAACCUCAUCAACGAAAUAAAAGCGUCUUUAAAUAAGAUGCAAGAGAACAUGAAAGGUGUACAUCAAAUGGUAGAAAAACUUGAGGUUAAUAUCAAAGAAAAAUCCAACAUUUGCAAUAAAGGAUGAAAAGAAUAUAAAGAUCAUUGUUACAUAUAUCAAAAAGACAAAAAGUCAUGGCGGAUGGCAGAGGAGCAGUGUCGAACAAUGGGAGGGUAUCUUGUUAAGAUAGAAGAUGUUUCAGAACACAAUUGGGUAGUGACAAAUAUAAAAGAUGGCAAUCUUGGUUCAACAUGGAUAGGAGCUUCAGAUGUUGGGAAGCAAGACUGGAGAUGGGCAUUCGACCUAUCUAAGGUUAAAUAUAGCCUUUGGAACCCUGGUCAACCCGAUAACGGCGGAAAUGUUGAAGGUUGCUUGGAGCUUCGCUCUGUAUUUGGGUAUAAAUGGAAUGACUUUCCAUGUUCUUCUACUAACUCCUACGUAUGUGAAAGUCAACAGGGAGUAUUAUGUCUGCCGUAUUCCAAAUUCAGGAGAUAAACCUCAAAUGAAUGCUACCAGAGAUUAACGAAGCAUUUCUGUCUGAUAUAUUUCUUAUAUGUAUUAAACUUAAAAUAUA